ACAUAUAUAAAUCAAACCAAACAAACCCAAAAGACCUAAUAACUCUCUCAUAAACCCUACUCUCUCUCCCAUACCGCCACUCUAAUUUCAGUUUCAUCAAUCAAUCAAUGGCAAUCCCUUCCCUCGACGAAGAAACAACCAAGAAGGUUAUACGACAGGUUGAGUUUUACUUCAGCGAUAGCAACCUUCCCAGGGAUGAUUUUCUCAGAAAAACUGUUACUGAAAGUGAAGAUGGAAUGGUUAGUUUGGCUUUGAUUUGUUCGUUCAAUCGGAUGCGAAAGCAUCUUAAUUUGGGUGAUGUUAAGCCCAAUGAAGUAAAGGAUGAGACUGUCAAAGCUGUUGCUGAGGUUUUGAAAAAUGCUGCUUCACUCAAGCUCUCAGAAGAUGGAAGCAAAGUUGGCAGGAUUGCUGAGCUUUCCAAGCCAGAAGAGGUAGUUGAGCAGGUUGAGAUAAGAACAAUUUCCGCAUCACCAUUUGAAUAUAAUGUGAAGCUUGAAGAAGUGGAGUCAUUCUUUGGUCAAUAUGCCAAGGUCAACAGUGUUAGGCUGCCCCGUCAUGUUGGAGACAAAAGAUUCUUCUGUGGUACUGCUCUUGUUGAGUUUUCAUCAGAUGAAGAAUUGCAAAAUGUUUUGAAGCUAAAGUUGGUGUAUGCGGGAGCUGAGCUAGAACUUAAGCCAAAGAAAGACUUUGAUGCUGAAAGAGAAAUAGAGCUAGAAAAGCAUGAAAAAUGUCGUAAAUCUGUGGAUUCAAACCACGAGGAGGAAGAACCAGAAACGAACUAUCCUAAAGGCUUACUUAUAGCCUUCAAACUAAAGAACAUUUCAGAGGAAGUUCCUUCAGAAAAGAAUAGCAAUGAUGAACAAGCCAAUGGAACUAAUGGUGCCACCAAGACAGAUGAACAAAAUCCCUCUGAAGUUGCUGCUGCUGCUGAGGAUAGUGAUCAAAAGAUGUCAGAAAAUGAUAGUAAUGAUAAAGAAAACAAUGGCGUGAAUGAAGAAAAAGAUGCUGAAGGUAAAGAAAAGGAACAAGAAAACAAUGAGGUGAAAGAAGAGAAGACUGAAGUUGAAGAAAAAGGCCUGUUAGAGUUGUAUAAGAAAAAUGCCACUGAAGGUGAAAAAAAGGAUCAGGAAACUGAAAAACGUUCAGCUGCUUCUUUCAAGGAAGACUCAGAUGUUGUCUUACGUGAGGAUUUGAAGGUUAUCUUUGAGAAGUUUGGUGAUGUUAAGUACAUAGAUUUCAAAAUGGGAGCUGAGUCAGGAUUCAUUCGGUUUGACGUACCUGAAGCUGCUCAGAAAGCACGUGCUGCUGCAGUUCUUUCUGAUAAGGGGGGCUUAGUUGUCAAGAAUUUUAUUGCUAUUCUAGAUCCAGUGACAGGUGAGGCUGAAAAAGAAUACUGGAGCCUGCUUCGUGGUAAUCAAGAUAAGCGCAGAGAAAGCUUUAAUAACCGAGGAGGCUUUAAUAACAGAGGAAGAGGAGGAAGGCAUGGUAGAGGAGGAGGAGGAGGGAGAUAUUUGCGGCAGAGAGAAAAUGAUUCUGCAGGAGGUCGCCAAAACAAAUUUAGAAAGUAUUAACUGCAUUUAGGGUUAUUUACAACCACACCAGUUAAGUAGCUGCAUCAAGGGUGUUGCCUGAUUUUGUUCUUGGCUACUUUAGAUUGUGGUUGGUUGUAAAAGAUUAUUUUUAAGUUGCAAUUUGGCAUGUAAAACAAUUAACUAUAUGGUACUUUCUCUUGGUAUUUUUGAAUUAAUCUUAGUAAGUUAACAGUGA